AUGGGUGCUAAAGGUGCUGAGCUCACCAGCGAUAUUGAUUUCAUCAAGACUCCUGCUGCUAAACCCGCCGAGUUCGCAACCGGCGAGGACUGCGGAAUUCCGUUGACCAACUCCGCAGCUAUCCACAAUGCCCCCCUCCCGGCUGAUGGACCCGGAAACGAGGGUUUCUCCAACUACCUCCUCGCGGCCGUGUUGAUCGGUGUCCCUGCCUUCCUUACCUACCUGAUCGGCCAAGGAUGGAAGACCUGGACCUUCUUCGCUAUCGUUCUGGUUCUCCCUCUCCUGGUCGCCUUCUGGACCUACCACUCUACCUACAGCCCCCGCACCAACAGCAAAGUCAAGCUCCCCGGCCGUCCCGUUGAGCACUACAUUACCUUCAAGCGUGAGGAGGACAAGGCCAAAUGGAGUGGAAAGAACAAGGUUCCCCUGGUCACCUUUGCCGAGAUGUAUCUCGACGGUCACGUCACCUUCAAUGGUGACAUCCUCGAGAUCCUGGAAUACCGCCACGACUGGGCAAACUUCUCCUUCACCCCGGAGCUGUUCAAGUUCAUCGUCUUCACUUUCUUCAUCGACGUCCUCUUCCACACCAAGGCCCAGGACGACGCGCAGAUCCGUCCCAACUACGACAGCGGUAACGACCACUACGCCUGGUUCCUCGGCCCUCGCAUGAUCUACACUUCCGGAAUCAUCUCCGACACCGAGAAGGAGGAGACCCUCGAGGAGCUGCAGGAUAACAAGAUGGCCAUCGUCUGUGAGAAGAUCGAGCUCAAGGAAGGCGAGACUAUGCUGGACAUUGGCUGUGGCUGGGGUACUCUGGCCCGCUUCGCCAGUCUGAACUACGGCGCCAAGGUUACUGGACUGACUAUUGCUGAGAACCAAACUGCUUGGGGUAACGAUGCUCUUCGUCAGGCUGGUGUCACUGAGGAGCAGAGCCGCAUCGUCUGUAUGGACUACCGUGAUAUCCCCCGCACCAAGUACGACAAGAUCACCCAGCUCGAGAUGGGUGAGCACGUCGGUAUCCGUAAACUCACUACUUUCUUCCGCCAAUGCUAUGACAUGCUCAACGAUGACGGUGCCAUGUACGUCCAGCUCUCUGGUCUGCGUCAGGCCUGGCAGUACGAGGAUUUCAUCUGGGGUCUGUACCUGAACAAGUACAUUUUCCGCGGUGCUGAUGCCUCCACUCCUCUCUGGUAUUACGUCAAGUGCCUCGAGCAAGCUGGAUUCGAACUGAAGGGAAUUGACACUGUCGGUGUUCACUACUCCGGUACUCUCUGGAGAUGGUACCGUAACUGGGUCGGCAACGUCGAGGCCAUUAAUGCCAAGUACGGAGCCAGAUGGUACAGAAUCUGGGAGCUUUUCCUUGCCUGGUCUGUCAUCGCCUCUCGCGAGGGUAUGGCCACCUGCUACCAGAUGGUCGUUGUGAAGAACCUGAACUCGACUCACCGUGUCAACGGCAUUGCUUCCCAGUACAGCCUGGAGGGUGCCCUUGCCGCCAGCCGCAAGGCCGGCAAGUCGAAGCUGCCCCAAUAA